GUGGAGAGAGGAGGGUUAAAGAAAGUCAGAGGGGGAUGUCUAGAGGAGCCGGUGGGCAGCAGAGAGGAACAGACGGAAGAGAAGUUUAAAAAUACUCCUUCAGACGCUAGAAAUAGACCACUGGCAAACAUCUGGAGUUAGAAGUAUGUUGGAUUCAGCUCCAAAGUGACGCAAAGAAGGAAAGGAACAACUUUAGAGCAGAAGUUGGUCACCUUAAAAAAAAGGAAAGAAAAGAAAGGGGGAAACGAAACGGCUGUGGAUCAUUUUCAGCAUCUUUCCCAGUCAGUGUAUUUUCGCUGCUGAGAUGCUUUGAUUGAUUCCUGCUGCAGGAAAACUCAUUUCCUCUCAGAUUUCUUCAGGUGAAACCAUGGAGGGCUGGAAACGCUCUUUUCUGAUCCUCUGCGUCAUUUUUGCUCAUUGGAAACCGCUGCGUGGUGGAGAGCUGUCAGACCUGACAUUUGAAACGAGUCCCAGCACUGUCAUCUCCUCGCUGGGCAAACCUGUAUCAUUGGACUGUGCACUAAAGGUAACCAGAAGUGAGGAAGAGGAGCCUCCUGAUGUGGUCUGGCUAAAAGACGGUGCUCCUCUUCAGUUUGCAGACACCAACCACGUCCAGGUUCACAGCAGUAACAGCUGGAUUGUCAGAAGCACCCUGCGAAUCGGAAAUGUUAAGCUCACUGACAUGGGCUCCUACAGAUGUGCUGCUCAAUCAGACGGGAAUCAAACUCUGUCUGAUGUAGGACGCAUUCAGCUGGAAGGUCUUCCUCAUUUCUCUGUGGAGCCUCAGCACAUGUCUGUUGUGGCCAAUGUGUCUUUGAGUCUAAGAUGUGUGGCCCACGGACCUCCAGAGCCUGUCAGGGUCAUUUGGCUGCAAGAUGGAGCUCCACUAAACUCCUUGAAAGACCCGGUGGCCCUGUCCCCUUCAACAUUCAACCUCACAGGUCUGAACAAAACCAGCAGUUUCUCUUGUGAAGCGCAUAACCAGAAGGGUGUGGCCACCUCUGGGUCUGGAACCAUCACUGUUCUUCCAUCCCCACCUCAGAAAGUGGGAGCUGUAGAAAUCACUCAGACCACCCUUCGUUUAUCAUGGCAGCCUGGUUUUGGAGGCGUCUACCCAAUAAUCCGUUGCUCUGUUCAGGCCAAACAGUCUGGAGACUCCUUCCCAGCAGCCUCAGAUAAGAUGAUCCAUAACCAGAAUGUGAACAUCCCACCAGCCACCCAUCUAAUCCAGGACCUGGAGCCCCACACGCUCUAUGCCGUCAGGGUGGCCUGUGACAGCAGCCAGGGACAGUCUGACUGGUCUCCCUGGGUGGAGCUUCGCACCCAAGAAGGAGUGCCAGAGAACCCACCAGCCAAUGUGACCGCCAAACCGAAUGGUACCGAGGUGCUGUUGACAUGGGAUGAACCUCCUGGGAAGCUGAACGGAGUGCUGCAGGGAUUCAUGGUGGAAUACAGCAUGCUCAACACACAGCAGUUUGUGGUGGAUGCUGGACUGGACACAGAGUUUUCCAUUAACCUGUCCAUCCCUCUGACCAAUGUAUCGUACCGAGUCUGCGCCUACACCGGGGCGGGGCGGGGACCCUGGAGCCGCGCAGAGACUCUGGUCCUUAAUUUUCCCGAAACAGAUAAAUUAAAAGGUCCAUCAAAUCCUAAAGCCUUUUCCUGGCACUGGUGGUACGUGGUGAUGGCCAUUACUGGCGCUGUGGCCCUCGCCGUGCUCCUGGCUGUUUAUGUGGCCAAGCUACGGCGCAAAGAGACACGAUUUGGGGAGGCAUUUGAGCCCAUGAUGGAGCGAGGGCAGCUGGUGGUUAGGUACCGCGCUCGCCGCAGCUACAGCCGCAGGCCGCUAGAAGCAACAUUAAACAGUUUGGGUAUCAGUGAUGAGCUGAAACAGAAGCUGCAAGAUGUGAUGGUGGACAGACAUAAGCUCACUCUGGGAAAGACUCUGGGAGAAGGGGAGUUUGGCUCUGUGAUGGAGGGUCUGCUGAAUCAGGAGGAGGCUGUUCUCAAGGUGGCUGUCAAGACUAUGAAGAUUGCGAUCUGCACUCGCUCAGAGAUGGAGGACUUCCUGCGUGAGGCUGCCUGCAUGAAGGAGUUUGAUCACCCCAACGUCAUGAGGCUCCUGGGUGUGUGUCUGCAGACCGUGGAGAGCGAAGGUUACCCGUCACCUGUGGUUAUCCUCCCGUAUAUGAAGCACGGGGAUUUGCACAGCUAUCUGCUGUACUCCAGGCUAGGAGACUGUCCUGUGUACCUACCAUCACAGAUGCUGGUCAAGUUCAUGGCCGACAUUGCCAGAGGGAUGGAGUACCUCAGCAGCAAGAACUUCAUCCACAGAGACCUGGCUGCACGCAACUGCAUGUUAAAUGAGAACAUGAACGUGUCUGUGGCCGACUUUGGCCUUUCCAAGAAGAUCUACAACGGCGAUUACUACAGACAGGGACGGAUCUCCAAGAUGCCUGUUAAAUGGAUUGCAAUUGAAAGCUUAGCAGACCGCGUCUACACCACCAAGAGUGAUGUGUGGUCGUUUGGAGUCACCAUGUGGGAAAUAGCCACACGAGGCCAGACGCCUUAUCCAGGGGUGGAAAACAGCGAGAUUUAUGACUACUUAAGACAAGGAAACCGUCUCAAACAACCUCCAGACUGUUUGGACUCUAUCUAUUCUCUAAUGUUCUCAUGCUGGCUUCUGAGCCCCAAGGAUCGUCCAUCUUUUGAGACACUGCGCUGCGAGCUGGAAAAAGCCCUCGAGGAUCUUCCAGACCCUCAGGACCCUGAUGAGAUACUAUAUGUCAACAUGGAUGAAUCUCCUGUAGAGCUUGGAGCCGUCGGGGGCCGAGAUCCUAUUAGAUCAUCGCCUCUCUUCCGAAAAGGAUUUGAAUCUGUGACUACCGUGGAAGUCCACGAGCGCAGCCGAUACGUCCUCUGUCCACGACAUGAGACCACUCGAACCCUGUCCGACUCCCUGGAGAGCCUGGACAUGCCUGUUUCAUCCUCAACAGCCACGCUGCCUCUACAGCCGUCCUGCCGCACCACUCCUAACCACACCCCCACUCCCACUUUGGAGCUGCUGGAGGACAGGGAAUCGACCAGCAGGAUGCCUUGGCAGUAGCUGAUCCACUGUUGAACGUUAGGGGCGGGUCGCUGCCACACGUGUCCCAAACCCAAACUCCCUACAACCUCUGACUGCAAGACACUUUGUGCUUCACCACACAUAUUUUGCACAAAUGUAUCACCGGUCUCCAAGCAAGUAACAGUUUGGGAUGAUUUUUCUCACUAAGAACCUGUUUUGACGAUGAGCACAUUUCUAAGUGAGUUUGAAACAGCUGCCUCUGCUUCACCCUGAAGGAGACUUUUGCCGACCAUAGACUGCAUGUGAAGCUUGUGGUUUUAUGCUGCAGAUCAAACAUUCAAAGAAAAUGAAAUUACGCCUCUUUUGCAAUAGCAGCACAUUUCCAACUGCAGACAUGCUGGAAAGUGACUUUGAAAACAAAACAACAAACUCUUUGUGAAACCAGCUGACACUGCCAGAACGAAGUGAUGGACAACUGACUUUUAUCCAUUUGUUCAAUGUUCUUAUCUUUAUUCUUUAAGGUAUUUUUAUAGCAUAUCUCUUGAAUGUUGUUUCGUUUUUUUUUUUUUACAUCGCUGUGGGUACUACCAGGUACAAUCCCAGAUACAUCAAACAACCUGCAGAGAAUAGCAACAGCCAUCCAAUAUAACUCUUCCAAACAUUUUUCCCCUCUUAGAUUUUGUCCUCAAACUUGAAGGUACAUUUGGGGUUGUUAUGUGGUUGCCCAAUGCAAAGGACAGUAAAAAAAUAAAAAUCAAAAAGCUUAAAUUAAUCAAAACCAAAGUCCAAACUGAAAACUAACUUUUUUUCUGCAGAUGCAGUUGCAGUGUAUUUGGUUUGAAAUCUUCAACAGAUUUUAUUUAAGUCUGAGAAGAAAACAAAUAAAUCAUCCCUGUUCUUGGUUAUCGGCCUGCUAAAAUGAGUCAGAUCCUUGAAAUCCAGCAUUAAAGCGCUGCCACAGGUUUUCUAUUAUAUUUAGUGAAGUAUUCUGACCAAGUUAUUCUAGCAUCAUUAUGCUUUGAUAUAAACCAUUCAACAGGAGCUCUGGCGUUAUGUUCUGGACCUUCGUCCUGCUGUAAUUAACUGUAUUCCCAU